ACCUUUCAAGGAGCUCCGCCAGUGACGUCAUGAAACUGCCGACACCGUUCAUGCAUUUGCUCAUUGUAAAGGCUAGGGAUAGGUUGUAGUUUUCGAGAUGAUUGUGUAAAUUGCAUCCCGAAUUUUGUAUUUUUUCCUUUAUUAAUUUUGUAUUUUUUCUUCAUAAUAAUAAGCAAAUCAUCAAUUUUCUUCGCUACACUCUCCACAUGUGACAACGACCGUUGGAUUUAGCGUUAAGAAGACUCCAUUUUGCUUGAAAACUGCUGUUUUGAUAUAUUUUCUUAUGUAUAAAUUGUGGAACGUGAUAAUUCCACAAUCUUUCUUUGAGCAUUAGUAACCGUAUAAAGGCUGAACAUAAAGCCUAGACAGGACAAGGAUUCACAAAUUCGAUCAUUGCUGUAACAUCCUCGACGGAAGUCAACAAUGGUCGAUUAAAGCUCACCAAAGAAUAUAUUUUUCCAUGCAUUCUGAUAAAUAUAAUCAGCCCAGAUGAAAAAUAUUAAAAUAAAAUGGCCCCAAUAGACCCCCAUCAGUUGUUGAAGGGACUGGCUCCCUUGUUAACACCCAAUGGUGCCAUCAAAAGCCCAACAGAAACAUCCAGAAUAGUUAGUUUGAUGAAAGAAGCAAACAAGCUUGUAAGCAGAUGUGUUUACAUCAACAUCCUGCGAGCCACAGGGUCUGAAAAAACUCUGGAAAAAUUUAUAGAGGUUGGAGGCUGGGAUGUCCUCAAUACCUGGCUACAGGACUGUAAAGACACAGAAAAUUAUCCUGUCCUGAUAGAAAUGCUGAAAGUCUUCCAACAGCUUCCUGUUACUGUAGAACAGCUCAAGAAAAAUAACUCGGCGAAAACCAUCAAGGCCUUCUCUAAAUGUGAAAAUGAAACUGUGAAGACGAUGUCGUCAGAUAUUGUUGACAAGUGGAUGGAAAAAGUCCGAGGCAGGAACAACGAAAAUUCAAAUGAUUCCAAAAAGAAAAAGUCGGACAAAGAAAAAAGUAAACGGAGUGAUAAAGAAAAAGAAUCUGAGGAAAGCAGGAAAAAUAGUGAAAAAUCAAAAGACGAGAAACAUUCCAAGCAUAAAAGCAAGGAGGAGAAGAGUGAUAAUGUGAUUAGUAAAGUGUCCGGUGUUGUGACUCAGACUAAUGGACUUAAGCUUCAUAUUAAGAUAGAAAGGCCACCGGUAUCGGACAGUGAUAAAUCAAAGUCGGACAAUGUUCAGAAGGAUUCCAAGCCAGACAAGAAACGAGCGUCCACAGUCAAGAGACCUAACACCAAGUUCCGAUCCACAGGUUUGGAGGAGGACAUAGUAACAAAACAGACAAAGAAGACAUCAAAUGACCAAAGCAAGACACUAUCAAAGAGGCAGGGGUCAGAGUUAAAACCGAAAGAGGACCAACCCCCGGGGAAGCGGUCACGUACAGAGGGUGGGUCUACAGAGGAUGCAGUUUCAGAGCAGCCACCUCCUCAGUCUCCCACUUCAGCCUCUCCUGCUGAUUUACACAAGCAAAUCAAAAUAACACCCCCCAAACCUAAAACUGUGAUACAUGAGAGUACGAAUUUCAUUGACUCGUUGCUACCCAGCCGUCCCCCCACAGGAGUGAUACGUAGGAAAAAGAAGACGGGCGCCACAGUAGCCAUUACAUCAGUACCUGGCGCUUCACAUAAAAAUGGCCCCCCUACACCCACCAAUGCCAAACCUCCAACACCGACAUCUCCCCAUACACCAAUCUCCCCAAUUACUGCCAUCAAAAACUCUCUUCCAGUCGUUCCAUCAUUUUACAAAGAUACCUUGGAAACGCCAACUGAGGAAAAGAGGAGCCCCAGUCCUCCUGUUCUGGACAAGAGAAGCCCCUCCCCCACAGAAAAAGAGGACAAGGAAAUGGCCCCGCCCACUCUGGAGGAAAACAAAGCUUCAGAAGAUGUAGAAAUGACUGAUGUUUCCAAAGAAGGUGGAGAAGCAAACGGAGAAGCAAUGGACACCAGUGAUAAGGCGGGAGAAGGUAAAGGUCUGCUGACGACAGGUGCCACAGGGAAAAAGAAGAAGAAUAAGAAAGUGUCCUGGGCUGAGGAAUCCAAUUUACGAGUGUUCCACUUUUUCGAUCUAGACGAAACAGAGAGAGAAAAUGUGAAUAGGCCAAAAGACUUUAACCAGUUAAAGAAACAGGAAGCACAUAUGGAUAGAAAGGUGAUGGAAUCAGCAAGAAGACAGACCAAAGACAAUAUGACUGAAGCAAUCCCUUGGAGAAGGCCUCCAUUGAUCACUGGUCUAGUGGUGACCUUUGAACCGGGCUCUCAGAGCAAGGAGAAACAGAUCCAGAAGGAAAGAGAAAAGGGGGUGUUGCAGGCCAUCUUCUUCACGAAAGAAAUGCUUCCUGACACCCCAAGUGAACCAGACAUGGAAUCUGUAGAACCUGCUAAUCCUAAAUUCAUUCCACUAGAAGAUGAGAAUUCCACUGGAGAGGAUGUUUUUACACACGACAAGCCAGCCGCGUCUGCUGCUAGUGCACCUCCUGAUUCCAGCACUAUGUUUGGUCAGCUUAAUCUACCUUCAGAUGUUGCCAAUGUACUUCAGUCAUUCCAGCAGGGAGGCAACCUCCCUCAGAACCUAGACCCUGUCAGUGCUCAGAACAUCCUGGCUUCUAUGAUGGUAAGAGGAACUAUGGGAGACCCAAAUAAAACUGGGGAUGCCUUUGACAAGCUGAAACAAAUUCUUGAACCAUUCCAGUCAAUACAAAAUUCUGGAGUUAUGGGACCUAUGCCUCCACCUGGUCCAGGGAUGAGAAUGCCCCCUCCAGGACAGGGAAUGAUGGGGCCACCUCCUGGUGGAAUUCUGGGAGCUGCCCCACCAGGAUUUAACCCUAUGAUGGGACCGGGUCCCGGAGGACCGCCUAGAUUCCCAGGUGGCCCAGGCAGCGAUGAAUGGGGAGAGAACAUGAUUGGGGGACCCCCAAUGAGGGGCCGAGGUCGGGCUGGUAUACCUAUGAGGGGUGGGGGACCACGUGGUCCUCCUCCUGGAGCACCUGGUGGCCCUCCAAUGGGGCCCCCUAUGCGGGGAGGAAGAGGAGGCAGAGGCAGACCAGUGACUGGUGAUCGUGCUGUGUGUCGUCAUUUUGCUGCUGGUGGAUGUCGGAGAGGAAACACGUGUUCAUUCCUUCACCCGGGUGUCAAUGGACCACCUGUAUAGCAAAUGUAUACCAUCUGUGACUUUAUUGAAUUGAAAAGUUCAUAAAAUGGACAUAAAGAGACACUGGAAGUGCUACAAAGAAUGAUAAGUUGGAAACCAUAAAACUUACAGGCAGACAGCUUACAGUUGUGAAUAGUAAAAGACUGACAGAAUAUGAAUUAGCCUGCACAUCCAAAGUGGAUACUUCUGAAAAUCAAAGGUUGUGUACAUUGCUCUGCAAAAUGUAUCUGUACAUUAACAAAAGUAUGGUUGUUGCAAGACCGAUUUUAUCAAAGAAUAUUCCUAGGAAGGGAAUAUCUUCAAUGUUUUGUGAACAUCAUUGCAGAGCAAGUGGUCAUUUGAUAGUACAAAAUUUUGUAACAGAACAGAAGCUGAGGUGAUGUUGAAUUGUCUAAUUUUACUAUAUAAAAAAAAUUUCUGCAAGUUGUGGAACAUCUAGUGCUGGAACAUAUACUAUAAUGGAAUGGCUAACAUUGUGUUGAUCUUCAAAGUGUUCAAUGAUUACACUAGUCACUAAUGGCUUCCUGUCCUGGUCAAUGAAUAAUGGGGAUUUUGCAAAGAUGAGGCAUUAUUUGUAAAUGUAAUUUGUUAAAAAAAAAAUUGUUAUGUGAUUGAGGAGAAAUCAUGAUUCUGAUGAGAUUAUUUAGAUAUAUAAGUGCUUCAUAUAUUGGAAGUGAUGGCACAGUGUGCAUUUGAAGGGAAGGCAUGCAUGUUGAUGUGGCCAAAGAGUAGUUGAUGCAAGGAGAUUUGCUGUUACAUUAGACCGACAUGUAUUGGGAUAUUGAUUGUUGUGAAAAACCUACAGUAAGCGUGGAAUUGUUUGCAAUUAGAAUGUGUGUUCCAGGAGGUGGCUGUUAUAUGAGGAACUGUGGCAUGUUUCUUAUGAGUGUGUGUGUGUAAGGAUGAGUGGUUGUGUGUGAUAAACUUAUGGGGAAGUUUGUACGAGGGAGAUAUGAGAUAUAUUGUUACUCCAUUUGAUGGGGGUAAAAGACACUUCUUGUUAUACACUUACAUACAGGAGAUGCCAAAAAUAAAUUUAUAAAUAAUC